CAGCUACAUUUACAAUUACCUUUUGAUACCAGCAACCAAACCCCAAGAACUUAAGCUACCCCAAUUCUCACUAUAAAGGUCGAUUCAAUCCACACACUGAGAUUUCAUCCCGAAUAUAUCCAAGAUGGCAUCAACCAACUACAAAGAAGCCUUCGCCCUCUUCGACAAGCGCGGCAACGGCCGCGUGGCCCUCGAUUCCCUCGGCGACCUCCUCCGCGCAUGCGGGCAGAACCCCACGCUCGCUGAGAUUGCAGACCUCGAGAAGACCGCAGGUGGUGACUUUGACUUCGACACCUUCCUCCGGAUCUUGAAUCGGCCGGGCGGGUUCCGCGACCCGGGCGACCCGGAGGAGUAUUGCCGUGGCUUUCAGGUGUUUGAUAAGGAUAUGACGGGAUUUAUUGGCGUUGGGCAGCUGCGAUACAUUCUCACGAAUCUCGGCGAGAAGAUGACGGACGAGGAAGUUGACGAGUUGCUACGGGGAGUCGAUACCGCUAAUGGCGAGAUUGACUAUAGAGAGAUCGUACGGAGAAUCCUCGCGAAUUAGGAGUGGGAUGGAUUACAUGGCGCAUAGCUCUCGGUUCAAUUCUUCGUCUACCGGUAGGCGUGGUGGGAUUAGACAAAUGCGAUGCGGGAUGAUGGCAAUGGCGUUGUUGAUUGAUUUGGGUGGAUAGGUAUUUCGUAUGAGAGCAAUCGAACUUUAUGGCUUGUUCUUGUAGUGCCAAUUGGUACAUCAUCCAUGCCCGGAAGUUUAUAUAUGCCUUUCGUUACCGGUUCUUCCUAUUUGAGAGUUUCGGCGCCA